CAGAGCUCAAGAAACAGAAAAAUGGCGACAGUAGCAUUCUCAGGAUCCCCAAUCGCCCUCAACCCUCGUAAACACCACCCUCAUCCCUACUCCCCCUUCACUUAUCGCGCCACUUCCGGAGAUUCCCCUCCCGAUACCGAAGAAACAAACGCCCAGCCAACCUCCGAACCGGACGACUUCGAUUCCCGGCUCUCCAAGAUCCGUAUCCGUUACCGGGGCGGACUAGGCAAGAAAGCGGAGCGCAGAAAAGCUCGAAAAGCAAAGAUGGGUGAAGCGUCGGAUCCGGGAUCCGGAAUGUACCUCCCGCCGGUUCCUCUUCAAGAUCCGGUAUCUGAAGGGCUGAAAGUGGAAUUCGGGUUCACCCGGUAUUCGGAACGGGUCAACGGCCGGGUUGCAAUUCUGGGCAUCACCGCCCUGUUGUUGGUGGAGCUGGCAACCGGUCAGAGUGUGAUAAAGUAUCAUACGCCGGCGAUUGUAUUAUUUCAGGCAUACUUCGUGGCGGCCGCGGCGGCCGUGUAUGCUAAGUACGAGAAGGAAAAAGGUAGUGUCUGGCCUGGCUUACCGCCAACAAAGAAUUGAGAAUUACUUCCUUUUCAUUCCUCAAUGAUUGUGAUAUCCCGAUUUAUUGUUUUUGUUUCUAAAUUACAAUUUACAACAAAGAAGGUAUGAACUGUGAGGGCAUAGUCGCUGCUAAUGUUAUGUAUUACUCCCUCCCUCCCAAAAUUAUUAUCCUCUUUCCGGCCCGUCCCGAAAUAAUUGUCUCGUUU